AUGCACUUCUCCAGACAGUCGACACCUCAGCCUCCCGCAUCACCACUUGAGCUUCUCCGAAGACAUGUCCAUCCUUUUCCCUCGCUCUCCGAAGCCCUAGACGACCCCAAGAAGGACAUUUUUCGAUACUUCGACUCCUUCAGCUCCGCCAAGGUAUUGCUAAUUGGCGAUGCGUCUCACGGCACUUCCGAGUUCUACGCGUUCCGCGCCGCGCUCACACGCUACAUGAUCGAACACCAUAGCUACAAUAUAGUCGCCUGCGAAGCCGAUUGGCCUGACGCCGAGUCCAUUGACCGAUAUGUCCGUCGGCGCCCAGGGCCGGGCCCACGAGCAACGAUCGAGUCCGAAGCCGAAGCGCGGCGCGCAGGGAGAGAACCGAGCUUCAUGCGGUUCCCACGGUGGAUGUGGCGGAACAAGGAAACGCAUGACUUUGUCGAGUGGCUGAGGUGUUGGAACAAAGGGAAAGAUAUGAAGAAGGAGGCGACUGGAUUCUACGGGCUGGAUCUGUACAGCAUGGGCGCAUCCAUGCGGGCCGUCAUUGCUUAUUUGGAAGAGGUGGACAAGGACAUGGCGGAGACCGCAAAACGGUGCUACUCUAGGCUGCUUGACUGGUCUGAAGAUCCGCACGAAUACGGACUGGAGACGCUGGUAUCCGGGGGAAAGGGUUUCAAAGGUUAUGAGGAAGAUGUGGUCCAGGUGCUGCAGAAUUUGCUAAGUAAACGGCUCGAGUACGAACGGGCAAAGUGGGAUGGAGAGGAAUUUCACGGAGGAGAACAGAAUGCGAGAUUGGUAAAAGAUGCCGAACACUACUAUAGAGCCAUGUAUUACGCACGCGAUGAAUCCUGGAAUCUCCGCGAUACACACAUGUUCGAAACCCUCCAGCGCAUCCUCGACCAUCGCGGCUCCCACUCAAAGGCAAUUGUGUGGGCGCACAACAGCCACAUUGGAGAUGCCCGCGCUACGAGUAUGAGCUGGUCCGCGGAUGAACUCAACGUGGGACAGCUGUGCAAGGAGGCUUAUGGUAAGAAGGCUUUGGCCAUCGGCUGCCUGGGAUACACGGGUAAGGUUGCCGCCGCCAAACGUUGGGAUGGAGACAUGAGUGUUAUGCAUGUCAAACCAGCCUUGCCCAACAGUUAUGAGAGGCUGAUGCAUGAUACCGGUAUCAAAAACUUUGUGCUAGACCUGAGGACAAAGCACUGCGACAAGGCGUUGAGGGAAGCUUUGGUGGAGAAAAGACUGGAGAGGUUCAUUGGGGUCAUCUAUGCUCCCGCGACGGAGCGACAGUCACAUUACUCGUUUGCUGUAUUGCCUGAGCAGCUUGAUGGCAUUGCUUACUUUGAUGAGACUGAAGAGGUGGGUGCGUUGGAGGUUCAUCAACCUCCUGGGCCGCUUGAGUUUGAUGAGACAUGGCCUUUCGGGUUAUGA